CUCACGCAUAUAUAUUUUGUAAGUGAAACCUAAAGUCCUCGCUGUAAUGUCAGCUGCGAUUCUUGUGCCCGCUGUUGUCGGUGGUGGAAUAUUGCUCAUUGUUUCUGAAUGUUUUCGCCUGGAAGAAAGCGGUACAGUUGCUCCGGCACCCGGCAGAUAUGAUGGGUGGAAUAUGAUGGAGGGAAAGACGGUCAUUUUGACCGGAACGAACAGUGGCAUAGUGAAAGCCUUUAGCCGGAAGCUGCACAAACCAGUGUUUAGUAAUGAAGGAAGAACAAAAAGUUGACGUGCUCAUCUACAACGCAGGCAUCUACCAGUGUCCCUACACCAMGACUGAGGAGGGUUUCAAGAUGCAGCUGGGGUUCAACCACCUGGGUCACUUCCUCCUCACCCACCUCGUCCUGGACUUCCUCAAGCUCUCCUCSCCCAGCCGCGUGGUGGUGGUCUCCUCCRAUCUCUACAAGUAUGGCAGCAUCAACUUUCGAAGACCUCAACUGUUGUGGUUUGUUGAAGUUAUUUUGUGUAUAUUGUAUUCCUUAGCACAAACCAGUUUGCACCGGAAAAUGAAAAAAAACGAACGUUUCUUAUUUGACAAGAGUUCAGGKUAGUCCUUUCCUGUUUCAGACAGUUUUCUUCAAUUUGGUGCCUCAUGAAUACAACCCUUGUGUAAUGUCUUUUGUGUUUCUAUGGAUGAUUUUCCCCUUGAGGGAUAAUAAMAUUUUCUACUUCUACUACCACUCCAGUGAGAGCAGCUGCAACAAAGCGUCCUGUUACAGCCAGAGCAAGYUGGCUAAUAUUCCCGUGAGCUGACCCGGCGCUGGAARAGGAGGGCGUCAUGGUCAACACACUCUCCCCAGGCAUGGUGAGGACCAGGCUGGGGAGGCACAUCUACAUCCCCCUUCCUGGCAAAACCUCUCCUCUACCUGGCCUCGCUGGCCUUCUUCAAGAGCCCACUGGAGGGCGCUUGGACGCCGCUCUACCUGGCGUGUUCG